AUGGACCCCUGGGGAACAAGCCGCCAGCAUGGCUCGAAGGAUGCGAAGAAGCUCCCUGCAAAGCUUCAGGACUUAGUUGACCGGGAUGAAGAUGUGUAUAGCGACAUCUACGCUCCGUAUACUAUCAAACUAACCAUGAGCUCUUCCUCUGACGAUAGCUCCGUUAAUUCUACGGAGACCCCGUACCGUUACGCCGCAUACGCCCAGCGAGUCCGAACGAUCCUGCUCUCUGCCCACCGAUAUGUCGCCUACACAUCCGAUAUUGGCGAGUCGUUUCGCCCCGUCGCCCACCCAUACCUGGUUCGCACUGCCUACGGUAUCUCGUGGGCCUACUUGAUCGGCGACGUCAGCCACGAGGGCUACAAGGCGUACUUGCGCAACCGCCGCGCGCUGUCCCCGCCCAGCGAGGCCGCGUUCAAGGACGCAAAGGAGCCGUCGCAAGAUGAGAUCAUACGCGGAAUGGCUACUGGUAACCUCUACAAGCCCCUGUCCAAAGCCGAGAAAGAGGGUAGCGAUUCUUUGACUCCUUGGCCUACUCCCGAAAUUUCGCUUGCCGAGGACUACCGUAUGGUCAUGACCAAGCGCGCUAUCUUCCAAGGUAUUGCCAGUAUGGGUCUGCCUGCUUUCACGAUCCACAGCGUUGUUAAAUAUUCCGGCAAUAUGUUGAAACGUGUGAAGACUCCCCUCGUCCGUACCUGGGGUCCUAUCGGGCUCGGUCUUGCCGUUGUUCCCGCCCUUCCAUAUCUAUUCGACCACCCGGUUGAACAAGCCGUUGACUGGGCUUUUGAUACUGCUCUUCGCGCGUACGGCGGCGAGGAUGCUGUCCGUCCUCUACCUGCUCAUUCUCACGCCACAAGCCCUGCCGAGGGAGCCGUCUCCUCGGCUAUGGCGAAGUUUUCGUCGGGGGAGAAGAAGUUGGAAAGCAAAUUGAGCAGCGUGCUGAGUGGCUCCUCGGGACCCAACGAAAAAUCUAAGAAGGAAUAG